AUGUUAACAAAACAUUGGAUAUUUGGUCAUUUACAACCGUCAGUAAUGUCUGAUUUGGAAACUAUAUCGUACUAUUUGGCUCAAUCGGUGGUUGCUUCAACUGCAAAGUCUUCGGAGCAAAGUUUAAAGGCUAUUGAAGGUCAAGAAGGGUUUGCAUUGAGUUUACUGCAUAUAGUUGCAUCCAAAAAUAUUCCUAUAUCAACAAGAUUAGCCGGUGCGUUGUUCUUUAAGAACUUUAUUCGUCGUAAAUGGGUCAAUGAAAAUGGUGAACAUAUUCUUGCUAUGAAUGACGUUGAACUGGUUAAAAAGGAAAUUGUCCCUUUAAUGAUCCAGCUACCUAGUAACCUUCAAGUACAGGUAGGAGAAUCAAUUGCAGUCAUUGCAGAUUCAGAUUUCCCAGAUCGUUGGGGUACUUUGCUUGAUGAUCUGAUAAGCAAGUUAUCUGCUGAAGAUAUGGUUACUAAUAAGGGCGUUUUGACUGUUGCGCACUCUAUUUUCAAGAGAUGGAGGCCACUGUUCCGAUCAGAUGAAUUGUUUUUGGAAAUUCAAGUUGUCCUAGACAAGUUUGCUUCUCCAUUUUUAAGUCUUUUGCGAAAUGUAGAUGAGAAAAUAACCGCUAACCAGAACAAUAAGGCCCAAUUGGAGAUUUUGUUUGAUUUGCUGUUAAUAUUGGUGAAGUUAUACUACGACUUAAACUGUCAAGACAUUCCUGAAUUUUUUGAGGAUAACAUGCAAGUUGGUAUGAGCAUCAUGCACAAAUACUUGGCUUAUCAGAAUCCCCUUCUGGAGGAUGAUAGUGAGGAAGAUGAAGUAAGUGCCGUUACGAAAGUGAAAUCUUCAAUUGCGGAAUUGGUACAAUUAUACACUUCACGUUAUGAAGAUGUUUUUGGGCCUAUGGUUCCCGAUUUUAUUCAUACCAUCUGGAAUUUGUUGACAUCUUUGAGCAGCCAAAGAAAGAAUGACAUCCUAGUUUCAAAAUGCUUAUCUUUUAUGACUGCAGUUACGCACAUCCCAAGAUACUUGGAGCUAUUCAAUAACGAGAAUGCUAUGACAGGUAUUGCGGAGCAAAUUAUUCUGCCAAACGUAACGAUGCGUGAAUCAGACGUCGAAUUGUUUGAAGAUGAUCCAAUUGAAUAUGUCAGAAGAGACCUGGGCGGUUCUGACUCUGACACAAGAAGAAGAGCUUGUACUGAUUUCUUGAAAGAACUCAAAGAGAAAAAUCAGGUUUUAUUGACUAAUGUUAUCUUACAACACAUCAGCAAGUUUUUUGAUAAGUACCGUGCUGAUCCAGUUAGCAACUGGAAGUAUAAAGACCUUUGCGUUUAUCUAUUUACUUCAUUGGCAAUCGAUGGAAACAUCACUAAUUCAGGUGUUUCUUCAACUAAUAAUAUGCUUCAUGUUGUAGAUUUUUUUACAAAAGAAAUUGUUCCUGAUCUAAGUGACAAUGUACCAAAUCCAAUUUUGAAAGUUAACGCUAUCAAAUACAUUUACACUUUUAGAAAUCAAUUGACUAAGGAACACUUAUUACAAAUUCUCCCAGUUUUGGCGAGAUUUUUGCAGGACGAUGAAUACGUUGUGUAUACGUAUGCCUCUAUGACAAUUGAGAGAAUACUAUCCAUUAGGGAGUCUAUAACAGGAGGCAAAUUAGUCUUCUCGAAAUCAGAUAUUGCUGAUAGUGCCGAAGUUUUGUUGAAUAAUUUGUUUACCUUGAUUAUGAAACAGAAUGCCAGUCCAGAAAAAUUGGCCGAAAAUGAGUUCAUAAUGAAAACUAUUCACCGGAUUAUAUUAACCGCUGAGGACACAUCCAGUUCCUACGCCGCUAGUACGCUCAAGCAGUUGUUAGAUAUAAUAACGAUUAUUGCUAAAAACCCUUCUAAUCCCAGGUUUACACAUUACACUUUUGAAGCAUUAGCUGCUGUUAUUAGAUUCAAUCAUGAGAAUCUCGAUGCACUACUCAGCGCUGUAAUGCCGGUGUUCAUGCAUAUCUUGGUUGGUGACAUCCUAGAAUUUAUUCCUUAUGUUUUCCAGAUAAUUGCAUACUGCUUGGAACAACUUUCACCCGGCACACCAGUUCCAGAUAGUAUAAAGCAACUUUACCAGCCACUACUAGCUCCUUCCGUUUGGGAACUGAAAGGUAAUAUCCCUGCAGUGACUAGGUUAUUAAAGAACAUUCUUAAAAUUGAACCUUCUGCAUAUUCAAACUUAGUCCCAGUGCUAGGAGUAUUCCAAAGACUAAUAGCAUCCAAAGUGCACGACACAUAUGGUUUCGAACUGUUAGAAUAUAUCAUGUUGUAUAUUCCAAUAACUGCCAUUGAACAAUAUUUGAAGCAAAUUGCCGUACUUCUUCUACAACGCUUGCAGAACUCCAAGACUGAAAAGUAUGUGAAGAAGUUUAUCGUAUUCCUUGGAGUUUUAUCACACAAAUUUGGCUCUGACUUUGUCGUUCAAUUUAUUGAUGAAGUUCAGCAAGGCCUCUUCCAACAAAUCUGGAAUAAUGUCGUCAUCACAGCUCUCCCCACCAUUGGCAACAUGUUAGACCGUAAGAUCGCAAUUAUCGGUGCUUUGAACACCUGCACAACCGGCUCCUUCUUUUCUUCCAAAUAUGGCUCGUCUGUGGUGCCAACAAUCAAUGUUAUCUUACCGCUUACUGUAUCUGAAAGUAUUGUGCAUACAAAAUCAGAAUAUAUCGAGAUGGAUGCUGGCGAUGAAAUUUCCACCUUCGGGUCAAGUUUCAGCAGACUAGUAACUAUUGCGGAGAAACCUUUCGAUCCAAUCCCACAGGUCGAUACAAACCAUGGUGUAAAGGCUUAUGUCGCCAACACUUUGACGAAAAUCGACUCCGCACAUUUAAACAGCAUAAGACAUGGUCUAUCCGAAGAGGCUACCAAGGCGCUUGCUUUGCUAGGCGUUUAA